CUUACACUUAUAUUACAUACAUAAUUUAAGGAUUGUGAUUUAGUUGAUUAAUCCUUGUGUUCUUGACUAGUGUAUUAAUCUUUUAAGUCUAAUUUAUUCUUACAAGAGUUGCCCUAACUAACUUAUCGAGGCCAAUUAUGGCAUGUGUCAAAGCUCUUAUAGUAGUAUAAAGCCGUACACCGACCCAAGUCCAAGUGUCGCCGGAGUUUGUGUUCAACAUGAAACAUGGCUUCCACCUGUGAGCUAUAUCCAAAACCCUCAUUCUCCAUCCGCCACCUGUAUACUUGAAGAAUCCUGCUGUUCAGUUCUCACUUAUCCCAAUCCGUACUCAUACAUAUUCAUCCUUCCACAACAAAUUAAGCAAUAUAUAUAUAUAUAUAUGUAUGUGUGUGUACAUAUAUAUAUAUUGCUUAAUUUGGAACGUACAUUAUACUUGCACUACUUGUAAAAUAACAUUCUAAGUAACCUAAUAAUCUGUCAUAUUCAAGCACAAAACAUGAGCCAGGGACAGCCACAAAGACGCCGACCGGACCAGUCCGAGGUUCAGGAACCCAUAAAAUACGGAGACGUCUUCAAUGUCUCCGGCGAAUUGGCUGACAGGCCCGUCGCGCCCCGCGACGCCGCCACUGCCCAAGCUGCUGAAAACCUAGUCCUUGGAGAGAAUCCGAGGGGUGGCCCAGCUGCUGUCAUGCAGUCGGCAGCUACGUACAACGAGCGCUUUGGCCUUGUUGGCCACCUUGACUCCACUAAAGUCGCCCGAGAGGAAGGCGUCACCGUUACUGAAACAAUUAAUCCCGAUGGCAACCGCGUUGUCACUGAAAAAGUUGCUGGACAGGUUGUGGCCCAAUAUGUGGAGCCACCGGUGCCAAUGGCAUCUCCAGGAGGAGCGCUUGAUCGAGAUGCAAUUACGAUUGGUGAAGCGCUGGAGGCCAGUGCUUUGACGGCAGGAGACAAACCAAUUGAACAAAGCGACGCCGCUGCAAUACAAGCUGCUGAAAUGAGAGCCACUGGACGCAAUGAGAUAGCACCCGGAGGUGCGGCGGCUGUAGCUCAGUAUGCAGCCUCUGUUAACCCGCGCGACGUCAAUAAAACGAAACUUGGUGACGUGUUAGAGGAUGCAACUGAGAAGUUGCCUGCGGACAAACCUGUGACUAGAGAGGAUGCAAAGGCGGUGAUAGGAGCAGAGAUACGUAACAGUCCAAAUAUGGCCACCACUCCAGGCGGAGUUGCUGAAUCGCUGGCGGCAGCGGCUGGGCUUAACCAGAAUGGGGGAUAAACUUAUUACUAGUAUUUCAAUAUUGUACAUAUACGCAUGCAUGUUGAAGUUUGGGCGUAAGAAUAUGGGUUGAAAGUUUUCUGUGUGGAUAAGUCGCGGUUACUUUUGUUGUACUACUACGUUUCUACAAGAAUGUAGACAUAAAAAAUCAACCUUGUAAUGUAAAUAUCUCGUUUAAUGUCAACAUGUUUCUCUUGUUUUGUUA